ACUUCAGUGUGUUUGCCGGUGUUGAAAAUUUGUCAAAACUCAAAUCGUUUUUAAUCUUUCCGAAAAUAGCCCAUCAGCCAUGGCGGCUUUCCCCGGAAGUAUAGCCUUUGACGAGUUCGGUCGCCCUUUUAUUAUUUUACGCGACCAAGAAAACCAGAAGCGAUUAACCGGAAUUGAUGCUUUGAAGUCGCACAUUUUGGCCGCCCAGCAAAUCGCCAACACCAUUCGCACCUCUUUGGGCCCCAAAGGCCUCGACAAGAUGAUGGUUUCGCCCGACGGUGAAGUGACUGUGACCAAUGAUGGGGCAACGAUUUUGAAAAUGAUGGAGGUUGACCAUGAAAUUGGUAAAUUGUUGGUACAAUUGUCCCAAUCGCAGGAUGACGAAAUUGGCGAUGGUACAACUGGGGUUGUUGUUCUUGCGGGGGCUUUGUUGGAACAAGCCGGGGCUUUACUCGACCGUGGUAUUCAUCCAAUUCGAAUCGCCGAUGGGUUUGAAUUGGCUUGUCAAACAGCUGUUAAACAUUUGGAGAAAAUCGCUGAAUUGUUCCCAGUUUCGGCGCAAAACACGGAGCCUCUGAUCAAAGUCGCGAUGACUACUUUAGGGUCAAAAAUCAUAAAUAAAUGCCACAGACAAAUGGCCGAAAUUGCCGUCAAUGCAGUGUUGGCUGUGGCAGAUUUGGAACAAAAAGAUGUCAAUUUCGAAUUGAUUAAAGUCGAAGGUAAAGUUGGUGGGCGUUUAGAAGACACUACAUUGGUCAAAGGUGUGGUCAUUGACAAAACCAUGUCCCACCCUCAAAUGCCUAAAGAAUUGAAAAAUGUCAAGUUGGCAAUCCUGACUUGUCCAUUUGAACCCCCCAAACCCAAAACCAAACAUAAGUUGGAUGUUAGCAACGUUGAAGAAUUCAAAGAAUUGCGUCAAUACGAACAAGACAAGUUUAAAGAAAUGGUGGGGCUUGUUAAAAAGGCGGGGGCAACAUUAGCCAUCUGCCAAUGGGGUUUCGACGAUGAGGCUAAUCACCUCCUUCUCCAACAACAACUCCCAGCUGUUCGUUGGGUUGGGGGUCCUGAAAUUGAGCUUAUUGCUAUAGCAACAGGGGGGCGAAUUGUCCCUCGUUUUGAGGAAUUAAAUCCGGAUAAAUUAGGUAGCGCUGGUUUAGUCCGUGAAUUGUCUUUUGGUACAACCAAAGACCACAUGUUGGUGAUUGAGGAGUGUUCAAAUUCGCGCGCUGUCACUAUUUUAGUACGUGGGGGUAACCAAAUGUUGGUUGCUGAGGCGAAGAGAAGUCUUCAUGACGCACUAUGUGUUGUUAGAAGUUUAGUACAGGAACCGAGAGUUGUGUAUGGAGGGGGCGCAGCUGAAGUUGCAUGUAGUUUAGCUGUGGGGGCACAAGCUGAUCAAUUAGCGUCUUUGGAACAGUAUGCUUUCAGGGCUUUUGCUGAAGCUUUGGAAAGCAUUCCAUUGGCGUUAGCUGAAAAUUGUGGAUUAUCAGCGAUUCAUGCUUUAGGUGAAGUCAAAGCAAAACAAUCAACAACUGGAGAUUCAUCUCUUGGGAUUGAUUGUAUGAAUACAGGAAAUAUGAAUAUGAGGGAACAACAUGUUAUUGAAUCGCUGAAAUCGAAACGACAACAAUUACUUCUCGCUACACAACUUGUCAAAAUGAUACUGAAAAUUGACGAUGUUCGAUCCCCAAAUGAUGGUCAAGGACUCUAAUUCAUAAUUACUCAUCAUUUAACACUUGUAUCGCUUAUUUAACUCAAAUAAACUUUUCACUAACUAGGAAAAA